AUGUACCUCCUCCGGCAGUUGUUCCCAGACGUCGACAAAUACCCAUGCCUACGGGGACGGCUUCAACGCGAUCGAUGGGGGUGUGUACGCAAUGCAAUGGACAACGAGCGCAAUUUCGUUUGGCUAUUCCCUCGUGACAGUAUCCCGGCGGACAUCACAUCUGGGGCUCCAGAACCAACCGCCUGGGGCACGCCGUUGACCCGGCUCGUGGCCUCGGGCGUGGCCUCGGGCUGCGACUUUGGCUCACUCACUUCAAAAUGCAAGCGUGUGGGCAUCAACUCCCGAGUGCAGUGCGAAGGCUGCUACCUGUAA